AUGGAGGUGGAUGGACGCUAUAAGGGAACCGUGAUUGGAAACAAAGCGGUGGAAAAUGCGACAUCAUCCCAUCCUCGGCGCCGCCGAUUGCUUUUGUCGACGGAUAGCGCUUUCGCCGACAUCGUCCUCCCGUCCCUCGUUCAGAACCCAUACAUCGAGCUGCGACUGAUCACAGACGAACCAUCGGCUUUGCUCACGGGCACCAACAAGAUCCCGCACUACAUGGAUAUGGUCGACAGUCAAACAUUCGAUAAGAAAACCGGCGCGCGGAAAUGGCUCAAGGCGAAGACGGCGGAGCUAUGCGAAUGGGCGGAUAUGCUCUUGGUUGCGCCCAUCGAUGCUGGAGCUCUGGGCGCGAUGCUGGCUGGCUUGACUAAUACCCUGACGUUGGCGCUCCUUCGUGGCUGGGUCUUGAAGAAACCCGUGAUCCUCAUCCCAGGAAUGACGGUGUCAGAAUGGGACCACCCGCUCAGCAGUCGCCAACUCGACGAAAUCAGUCGUUUUUGGCCUUGGAUUCGCACUAUCAAGCCUGUGCUGUGGAAGUCAAACGGGCCCGAAGACCUGACAAUACUGCCAUGGGACGGCCUAAAGGAGUUACAACAAACACUAGAGACAACACUAAAACUACCGCCGUGGGAAGCUACCCUUUUGACCAGAGCAAUCCCGCAUGGUGCAGCGGUCCCGGCUAAGGCUGCAAAAUCUAUAUCUGGAGGUGCUACCGGCUCCACGCCACAAACGGAACAUUCGGGGAAGGCCGAUUUCUUACCACUGGAAAUCUGGCUAAAUGUCUUUGAGGAUCAACUGCAGGACUGGGAAACAGCGAAAGCUGUGGGCAUUCCAACUCAUCUUCCUGUUCCCCAAGAAUGGCAGAGCCAUCUACCCAAAAUGUCCACUACGGCCACACUCGAAUACACUAUCUUGCGAGGAUCUUUCGCUGCGAUCAAAAAGCGCAUUGAUGCGCUGCCUCGCUGGAAACCGCUCUCCGACCUCGCUUGCCACCUCAUCGUCAAAUUCUCCCGCACCGACAUACUUUCCUAUCUCACAGAAAACCACCUGGACCUUCUCUGGACAACCUCCCGACUCACAAAUAUUCCUUACCGGGCAUCCGCAAUCUACGGCAACCCGAAAGUACUGACAUGGUGGCGCGAUGCGCCAGCUCUCCCCAACAAAGAGUACAUGGCCGACGCCAUGGACGGCGCCUCACGAGCAGGAUUUAUCGACGUCCUGGAUUGGUGGCUACACUCAGGGCUUCCGCUAAGAUACAGCGAACGUGCUCUCGAAGCUGCCAGCGCCGAAGGUCGAGUCCCCGUACUUGACUGGUGGAAAGCCGCCUCCGCCAACGCCCCACUGUCCAACCCCUUACCUCUCAAAGUCGGCAAAUCCGUCCUACUCGCAGCGCAGUCGGGCCGCAUCGCAUCUAUUGCUUGGUGGGACGCGUCGGGGAUUCCUUACAGCCACACCGAGAACAUUGCGCGCAUCGCGAGCACGCACGGCCAUGUUCAUGUCCUCGAGUUCUGGUAUAAACUCAAGGGCCCAAAGAUGAUCUUUGAUAACCAGGUGCUUGUGGGCCCCACGAAGAAUGGCCAUGACAACGUUCUACAGUGGUGGAAAGACUGCGGUAUGCGGGUUGAAUUCAAAACUUGUGACAUUGAAGAAGCGCUUGAAGAUGCGGAUCCGAGCUCUGGCGCUGAGGAUCGUGUUCGGCGUUGGUGGGAGCGGAACGGACUGAACCUUGGAGUUGGCACGAGUGAGUGGAUGAGAUCGAAGGUUCUGUGA